AUGAAGGAUGUUCUGGCAAUAUAUGAUGAAUGCAAUCGCACACUGGAUGUGCACGAGUAUGAGGUGUUGAGUCCCAAUUACCCCGAUCACUAUGACAAUAACCUGAAUUGCUACUGGCACCUUAAGGUAGCACAAAGUGAUCGCUGUGGCGGACAAUUGGAUGAGACGGAAACGGCUGUGUUUAGUCCCAACUACCCUGGUCAUUACCCCGAUAACAUAACGUGCCUGUGGAAUAUAACUGUCCCUGUUGGAAAAUACAUUGUACUAGAUGUGCCGGAGUUUAACACAGAACAUGGUCGCGAUAUUGUUACCGUGUAUACAGAGGCCGAGUACGUGCACUCGUAUGGCGGUGUUAUACCUGUCCAGCGAAGCCAUUUGGCUACUUGGAGUGGACAGGUGGGCCAUCUGAGCCCGGUACAUUUGAUUGAAUACAAGGCUAAGUCAAUGGGCCUACCACUGGACGCAUACAUAUCCGCACCAAACGUUAUACUAAACACAAACAACACAUCCCAUCACCACAUAUAUCACACCUCAGCACUCGUCCACAUAAUUGACAUCCAGACAAAUAUCAUGAUAUAUUUCACACCCGACCUAAACCAAAUAACUGUCCGCAAAUUGGCCACAAAUGUAUUGGGCAAUCGGGAGCGCCGAUACCGUAUACCACCCGGUGCUCAGCACCAUCACAUGGCCAUAGACUGGGAUCACAAACUCGUUUACUGGAUAGACACCAGCGAUACCACCAUCAAAGUGUUACCCUACGAACACAACCCCAAAAACCUGGUAUACACUGUGGGUAAUCUAACUGACCAGGGUGAUGACAAUAGGCCACUAUCGCUAGUAUUCAACGCCAUGGAAGGCCGACUGGUAUGGAGUAAUGUUGGCGAUCGACCAUCAAUUAUGACCGCCAACCCCGAUGGUAGUAAUCGGCGGGUUCUGUACAACAGUGCGAUCAUCGAUGACAAUCGCCAUCCCUUAGAGCGUCACUUGCAGUACAUUAUGGGGCAUAAGUCCGGCCGAGACGAGCCCAUACAGGCCAGCCAUUUGACGAUAGCAUAUCACGAGCGCAACUAUUAUUUUGUGGAUAUCGCUGACCAUUCGCUGUAUUCGCUUGACUUUGGCGGACACCGAUUGGAGUUGUAUAUAAAAUCUCGGCCAUUUUUUGGCGAAAUAAACUCGAUGCAAAUGGUCGACGAGGAUCUAUACCUGGCCUGUCAGCACAUGGUAUACCGCUUGCCUGAGCUGUGGGAGCGAUUUACCAAGGCCGAAGUGUUGGCAAAAGUUAAUCAUGGUGAUAUGCCAUUCAUAGCCAACAGCAGUGAUGUGUACUUUGAAUACAAACCGCUGGUUAUAGACAGGGAUAGGAUUAAUGGGUUUAUGUUGGCUAAACAUCCGCCGGCUGUGCGCAACGUAUGGACAAACUGUCGCCACAAUAACUGCAGCCAUUUAUGUCUGGCCAGCGGUGGACACACGGGCUACCGAUGUCUGUGUCCGACCGGCACCGGACUAUCGUCGGUAAAUCAGCGCAAGUGUAUCGCUAUUAAUAGUAAUAUUAGUAAAGUUAGUGAUAGGAUGUAUGGCACACGUGGUCACCAGACGGCAAACACCUUGCUAAUUGUCAUGAUAAUUAUCUCGCUGAUGUUGUAUAUUAUAAGCUACAAAAUCAGUGACUUGAGAAAUGGUGUGAAGGUGAAACGCAAAAAUACGUUUAGAAAAACUAGACUGAGAUUGAUCCUGGACAAUCAGAUGGGUGGACACGUUACUGGAUCAGGUGGUAAUAGUACGGUGGAUGUGGCCGAUGAUGAUGAAUUGUUAUAA